CCACCUUUCGACUCGCGCGCAACCUCUUCAAUACUAUUGUUGGCGCGCAUUUCUCUCGCGUGGGAACUGUUGACUUUUUCGUGCUUUACCCAUAGUCUUCAUUCACCCACGAUUACCGCCGGUGGCGCACGCUGCGAUGACUUUGUGAACUCCAGUGGAUCGUGAUAACAGUCGCGUGUGAUAUGAGAGGAUUAAUGCAUGCGAGGUGAUGAACCCGGUGAAAGUUGAGUGAUGAUCGAGUAGAUUCGGAAACGAUUAGAUUGGAGACCAUGGCCCCCGAGCCGAUACUGCUAGUGCUGCUAUUCCUUGCAGUCACAAGAUGCAGAGGUGAUGCAAACAAUGGAUAUCGUAAUGGAAACGCUGCAUCACAAUUCGGAGAACUUUUAAAACCACCACCACCGCCACCUUUGUCUUCAUUAUUACCAGUGCCAUUUCAUGGAGGGGCAGGAAGAUCGCAGAGACAGAAUGUCGAUAUCGGAUAUCAAUAUCAGCCUCCUCCACCACCGCCGCCAACCCCCGUUCCAACUUCUUCAAAUUUCAAAUUUCCUGCACCUUUUUACAAGCAAUACAACUUUAAUUUCGUACCACCUCCUCAACCAUUUACUACUACGCCGUCUCCUUCGAUGUUUCAAAAGGUGUCUGGAUGGUUGUUUUCAUCCCAGCAGUCCCAGCAAACUGGUUAUGACACAGAGUUAAGUAAACCAGAUCCAAUAAAAAAAGACUGUAACCCCUGUAAUUUAGUGCCAUGGAUACCAGUUAUUAGAUAUGAUUUAGGGGCUACAAAUGCAUUUCGUAGUCCAAAUCCAACACACAUUCAAUCUAAUCCCACGUACGGGCCACCAAGUCCGACGGCUCAUCUAGAUGUACAAAAUAUUGCUGCAUUCAAACCUAAUGCUUAUCGGCAACAACAAAGUUUGCCACAGAUCUCGACUGGUGUGCCGCAUGCAGUAUAUGGACCACCAUUCCAAUCCCCAAGUAUUAGCGUACAAAGUUCAACUUACGGCCCGCCGAUAUCAACAUAUGGACCCCCGAGUCCUACACAUACCAUCUUACUUCCUUCUCAAAGUCCACUUGCUUCCACCUUUUCAGCCCCCAGUGUACCGUAUUCUCAACCCAGUUUAUCAUACGGAAAUCCCACAGCAUCUUUGGGAUAUUCUAGUUCAUCUUACAGUAUUUCAAGUUCUUCAUCCGCUACAACAUCGCCUACUCCCCCACCGAUUACUCCUGGUCCUUUUUCUUCAACGUUUUCAAUAGAUACACCUUCUUAUGAACCUGAUCUGUCGAAAUUUCAACAUAAACAUCAAAAUGACGUUGAAAUAUUAAAAAGUCCAGAUCUCGAAUUACAAUUACCUAAAGUCACACCUCCUACAACAUUCAAAAAUUCAUACGGAGAAACAAUCUCUAAUAGUUAUAUUUCAGAUAUACCUUAUUCUGUAUCAGCCACAGCAGCCGAAACUACAAAAAUUAACACUGAGGUUUUACCAAAUAGUUCAAAUCCAGUAGUUCCAAAUGUAUCUCUUGCAUUGGCAAAUCCAGCACCAUUCACUCUGAAUAGGGGUAGAAAUAUACAUACAUUACAACCUGUAGCGUUACCUAAUCUAAGUGUAUCGCCGUUGCCACCUAUAUUUAAUGCUCGGCCGUUUAGGCCUACUCCUUUACAAUAUUCAAAAAAUCUGAUCAAUGGAAUAAAUUCCAUGCAACAGUUAUCUAACGUUAAGAUUGAGCACAGCAUUCCUGUAGCAGAAUUCACACAAUCUAUAGACUAUCCAACUACAGUAGUACAAUCACCUAUAAUAGAUAUAAAUCCUCCUCAACAAAUAAACCAAACUAAAGCUUAUAGGAAUAUACCAAACGCAUAUGUGGUAAAUGAUAUACGAGAUAUAUCUUCUCAGGCCUCAGAAGACCAAAUCGCAGCCACCAAAGACCUACAAGAUGCUAGUUUUGAAAGCACAGGUUUGGAUCUUGGGAAUGAAUUAUAUGAUUCGGGCAUACCAAUGAAUUUCAAAAACACUCAAUUGCCAUCUAAUCACAAGACUGACUUCGCUGAUUUGCGAGGUAUAAAAGAUGAAGACGUCGAUAAAUAUAGAACUGAAAGUAACUUACAGAAUAUAGAUUCACCGUUACUUUAUUUAAAACCGAGCGCGCCACAUAAAGCAUAUGGUGAUUUUGUUUUGACAAUUUCUACGCCAUCAAAUGAAAAAGAAUAUGAAAUAUAUGAUGACAUCCCAACAACAGAAGCAACUCGAACGACUGCUCUUCCAAGUGAUUGGGAUGAAGGAAAUUUUAAUGAGGGAUUAUCGCCUCCAACAGCAGCACAAGAGAGUGUAGAAAAACCAAAAAUAGUUCAGAUAAUAGUUCCUUACACGAUUAACAAUGAAAAUAAUUACAAUAAAUUCAAUUUCGAUGAUUGGGCAUAUACGCAAGAAGAGGAAUUUCAAGCUCGAAAGAUACCGUCUAUUACUGAAGUUCCCAACAUAAAUAUGGAAAAUUACAACAACCCCAGUACAACCACAGAAGAUACCACUCAGACUGAAAGUGAAAGCUACGAUUCAGAAAACUUAAGCACUAGUGCAAUUUUAAAUGACUUAUAUGAUGUUAAAGAGCCGCCAUUCGAUAUUAUAAAACUUCAACACACUAUUGAUGACUGGACUGAACAAGAAUAUUCUGAACAGCACAAAACACCUCAAAAAAAUCGCAGCUUAGAAAAAUUUGCCAAGCAGAUUCCCGAUGACUAUUUUACUACAACUAUUCCGAGUAUUCCGUAUGUGUCACCCACAAAGAACUAUGAAUACGAUUAUGAUCAUGAGGGUUCGAGUAGUAUUCAACAUACUGUUAUGGAGAAACAAAAUAAUAGCUUUCACAAAGCAUAUAAAGAAUAUAAUGCCAUACAACGACAGAAGUCGAAACCGCACAAGGACAAAGACAGUGAAACAAGAGAAAAGCAAAGGUUACAUAUUUAUACUGCUGCGUCAUCAUUUAGGGUAACAACUACAACCCCCGCUCCAUGGGGUAAAAUAUUUACGUCCAUUUCUCCAUUAACAAAAGAAAAAGUUUAUGUAGUUACAUCGAAACCUUGGCGAGAAGGUCGUAAUAUCAGCGACGAAUGGAACGAAGGGCAGGAUUUUGAAUCUAAAAAAACAAAUAAUAAUGAUGGCGUUUCAUCUUCAGACAGAUUACCAUUCAAAUCUCCAAGAUUUGCUAAUAGACCAUCACUUGGUUUUAUUUCAUCCGAUAAUAAUGACUCUAUGAAUUCAGAAUCUACCUAUGAAUUUUCAAAAAGCUGGUAUCAAAGUAUAAACGAUUUGGAGAACCGUGCCGUUGGAAAUUACACGACGUGGCCUGAAGGUCCAACACAGAAGCGUACUACUAAUACGGAUAAGGAUUCUGCCGAUACCACGACUGCAGAUCUUCAAAGCGAUGAGGAUGCGAGCUAAAUUGGCAGAAGACAAGUUAGUUGAAGUGUCUUAUAAUAUUGAAAACAAUACAGUUUUGUUGAGGUGGUGUAGUGUAUGAUAAGUGUUCACAGUGAAUAUAUAUUAAAACUUGUUUAACUAUUCGAAUUAACUAUAGUGUGAAAGAAGGGCAGUCAUUUUGGCUGAAGCUUUUCUCCCAGAAAUAUUGCCAAUUGCCAGUAGUGAAAGAGACACGAAAAAUUUAGGGGAUUAUGAUCGGAAGUUACAAAACAAAAGUGACAGUGACUGAUAAACUAUUUCCGAUACUAAACUUGCACAUUUAUGUAAAUGUAAAAUUUAACGGAGUAUAUUGUAAUAAUUUAGUGAAUGAAUAAUAACUCCAAAUAUAAAAUGUUCUUAUUAAUUUAGUCUUCACUUAAAUUAUAUUUCGUGAUUCUUACAGACUAUUUUCGAUAUGCAACUUUACCAUAAAUGUAAAUUUUUACGAAAUACAAUGUAAGGAAUGAUCAAAUUAAUAAAAACACCAUUUAAACACAGCAGUGCUUUUUGUAAAAUUUUUCACACGUGGAUCCGCGCGGAUAUAUGUACGAGUAUAUCGGAACCGAGCGGAUUCACAACGGAUCGACGCGUCAACAUUUUACAGAUUGGCACUGCUGGUUCUUAUUCAUUUGAUCAAUAGUUAUUAUAAAAAAAGUGAACCAAAGUAGAAUAUUAUUCUCAUACAGCUUAUUUUUUCUAGUUUCACUCGCAGUUUACGUAUGCUAAAAUGAUUUUAAAGGAUUAAAAAUAUUAGAAAUAUUGUUUAAAGACACCUUGUAAUUGUUGGAACAGAUAUCUCGUAUUUUAAACUGUUCUUACUUAAAUGUUAUAUGAACAAUUGUAUAUAUUAUGCGUUAAGGUGUAAAUAUAAUAAAUAGUAACCAAUAAAAAAAUGUUUUUAUGUACACCCUUUAAUCUCAACGUGUUGCUAUACAAUAUAACAAGGAUAAUUUAACAACAAACUAAUUUGGCUUCCCUUUGAAAAGAACCCACAAUAUAUUUUGGAAUUAAGGGCAUAUUAAUUAUUAUAAUAAUAAAAUUUGUUCGUCCGUUAUCUUAAUAGGUAUAUCGAUUUUAUUAUGACACCGACUGGUUAUAAAUGUUUACCACCGUAUUCCAAAACGUGGACUAAAAUUAGUCUUGGUUUAAACCUAAUGUUGCCUCAGUCUUCUUUUUAGCAAACAAAAGUGACAGCACAAGUUUUAGGCCAAGUUUAACUUUAGUCUAAGUUUUGUAAUAAGGCGAUCUGAGUUUCAUGAAUUGUUAUCCAACAAUUCUUUUGGCUAAGUACCAAAUAUUUUAUUUUAUCGACUUUUAACAAAUAAUUGAAAUCCCAGCCUUACGGAAUCCUUGUACCAUGCCCCAGUCCUUAAGUUGUCAUUUGUUUCUUGUUUGUUCCAUUCAUUCACUCGUUCAGAUAGAUAAGUACUCCACUAAAAGGAGUUUUACAAAUACUGUGUUUCGAUGUGAAUAACAUUUUUAUUUUUGUAAACUAAGGACGACAGUUCCACCUUUAUGGUUGCACAGCCUGUCUGUCACAUCAGAUCCACGAUUACUUCAUGUCCUAAGCCUCAUUAAGUUGUCGAGGUACAACUUUCCUGUUAAUCUUGAAGUAUAGAAAUUCUGCACCCCACAAACAUACUGUGAUUAGCGUGAAAACGUUUAAUACCACAAUUGGUAUUCCGUAGGAACCUGAAGAUUCACGAAUACGACCUGAAAAAUGAAGAUGUUUUAUUAAUUAGAUAAGUUUGUGGUGACAUUAAUAUCACUAUGGAGGGUUAGGGCGGUUUCGCCCAUUUUAAGGACAAACCCGUGAUUUUAAAGUAUAUAUCUUGGCCCUCCUCGGGUUCUACAUCUUUCCUCCUCCUACAUCCUUAUCCUAAUUGAUUCCUCCUACUUGCUUCUUAACACUUAAACAUAUGUUAGAAUGGUCUACAACGACCUUAUCACACUAUCACACUAAUAAUAUUAUAAAGGUGAAAGUUUGUGAGUGUGUAUGUUUGUUACUUCUUCACGUCUAAACGGCUGGAGCGUUUUUAAUAAAAUUUGGUAUGGAGUUAGC